AUGACGAUGCUGCUGGACGGAGGGCCGCAGUUCCCGGCGCUGGGGGUGGGCGGCUUCGCGGCGCCCCGGCACCACGAGAUGGCCGGCCGCGACGCCGCCGCCGCCGGCAUGGGGCUCGGCCCCUUCGGGGACUCCUCGCACGCCGCCGCCGCCGCCUUCAAGCUCAACGCGGCCCCGCACGACCUCGCCGCCGGGCAGAGCUCGGCCUUCACCCCGCAGGCGCCGGGCUACGCCAGCGCCCUGGGCCACCACCAUCACCACCACCACCACCACCACCACGCCGGGCAGGUGCCGUCCUACGGCGGCGCCGCCGCCUUCAACUCCACGCGCGACUUUCUCUUCCGCAACCGCGGCUCCGGCAUCGCCGACGCCGCCUCGGGCUCGGCGCAGCACGGGAUUUUCGGCGGCUCCCCCAGCGGCUUGCACGGCCCCGGCGGCAUCCCGGAGAGCCCGGGCUACCUGCUCUUCCCGGGGCUGCACGAGCAGAGCCCCAGCCACACGUCGCCCACGGGACACGUGGACAACGGGCAGAUGCACCUGGGGCUGCGCGGAGACCUCUUCGGGCGGCCGGACCCCUACCGCGCCGUCUCCAGCCCCCGCACGGACCCUUACGCCGGGGCCCAGUUCCACAACUAUAGCCCCAUGAACAUGAACAUGGGCAUGAACGUGGCGGCCCACCACCACCACCACCACCACCACGGCCCCGGCGCCUUCUUUCGGUACAUGCGCCAGCCCAUCAAGCAAGAGCUCUCCUGCAAGUGGCUCGACGAGAGCCAGCUCAGCCGGCCCAAGAAGAGCUGCGACAGGACUUUCAGCACCAUGCACGAGUUGGUGACCCAUGUCACCAUGGAGCACGUCGGGGGCCCCGAGCAGAACAACCACAUCUGCUACUGGGACGAGUGCCCGCGGGAAGGCAAGUCCUUCAAGGCGAAAUACAAACUGGUGAACCACAUUCGCGUGCACACGGGGGAGAAGCCUUUUCCCUGCCCCUUCCCGGGCUGCGGGAAGAUCUUUGCCCGCUCGGAGAACCUCAAGAUCCACAAGCGGACCCACACCGGUGAGAAGCCCUUCAAGUGCGAGUUCGAGGGCUGCGACAGGCGCUUCGCCAACAGCAGCGACAGGAAGAAACACAUGCAUGUCCACACCUCGGACAAGCCGUACAUCUGCAAGGUGUGCGACAAAUCCUACACCCACCCCAGCUCACUUAGGAAACACAUGAAGGUGCACGAAUCCCAGGGGUCGGACUCUUCCCCUGCUGCCAGUUCGGGGUAUGAGUCCUCAACGCCCCCCGCAGUGGGCUCCGCCGGCAGUAAGGACUCCACUAAAACACCACCGGACACCCUUCAGAGUAACCCUGGCCACAAUCCUGGACUGCCCCCCAAUUUUAACGAGUGGUAUGUGUGA